CGUCCAAAAAAAAAAACGAGAGUCAAACGUUAGAAAGUGGCCACGUAAGGCAAUCCGAAACCAUAGCCACUGCUUCUAAAACCAAACGCUCCAUUUCACACUCUUCCCAAACUGGUUUUGCUGCUCUCUCUUUUUCAGCUUUCAUUCACAUUCUCCCUUCCAAGAUGGCGGCAUCAUCAGCAUGUCUUAUUGGAAAUGGUUUAUCUACACGGAGUAAUAGAACAACUCUCAGCAAGAACUUCAAUAGAAGCUACCUCUUCUCAUCUUGGAGAAUUUCAUCACUGAAUAAGGCACCCAAUUCUAAACCUGCAACAAUAAAGGCAUCAUCAUCAUCAUCCUUGGACCAAAGCAACCAUGAAGGGCGAAGGGGGUUUCUAAAAUUCUUGGCUGGAAAUGUUGGGGCUGGCUUACCUGCAUUGUUGGGUAGCGGCAAGGCUUAUGCCGAUGAACAACAAGGGGUUUCCUCCUCAAGAAUGUCUUACUCGAGGUUCCUCGAGUAUUUGGACAAGGAUAGAGUCAGCAGAGUGGAUCUCUAUGAGAAUGGAACCAUAGCUAUAGUUGAGGCUGUUUCUCCUGAAUUGGGGAAUAGGGUUCAGCGUGUGAGAGUUCAACUUCCAGGACUUAACCAAGAGCUCCUUCAGAAAUUCAGGGAGAAGAACAUUGACUUUGCUGCUCACAAUGCACAAGACACUUCUCCCAGACUUGGUCCAAUUUCUGAAAAUAUAGGAAUUUAG